UCCCGUUAGAAUAUAAAAAACAACGAAACGCGAAAGAACAUUGCAGAUAUCGUUCCGGUGUGUGAAGAUUCAUUCAAAGAGCCGGGGGUCUCUUUUUUUUUUCCUCGCACCGCCAUGAAGCUAGGCAAUUUUAUUCCAUUGCUAUGUAUUCUGUUUGGAAUCGUGGAAUCGGAAGACACCGUUGAUUCCGAUUGUAAUUUUUAUCAAGAUUUAGAACCAAACAUUAAUUAUUACGUAUAUAAUCCUGAUUAUCCAGAUUAUUAUAUAGGCGAACAUACUUGUCGAUGGAUAGCUUCGAGUAAUACACGAGUUAAAUUGAAUUGCUCAAUUUUCGAUAUUCCACCGACUGCCAAUUGUUCGAUGGAUUAUAUAAAAGUCGAUGUCGGCGAUGGUAUCGAGUACAAAUUUUGUGGAUUGAAUUCUUUCGUAGUGGAAUCGAUAUCAUCGAAAAUGACUAUAACAUUUCAUUCGGAAUAUAAUACUUAUGGUGGUAAAUUUCGAUGUGAUCUCAGAGCAGUCGAAGAUCAAUGUAGAUGCGGUUGGAAGAAUCCGUCUAGAAUCGUAGGUGGUGUUGAAACAGGAGUAAAUGAAUAUCCUAUGAUGGCUGGUAUUGUAAGUUUUGAAACAUAUCUUUUGUUUUGCGGUGCAACUAUAAUAAGUCCGAACUAUGUAUUAACGGCAGCUCAUUGCGUUAAACAAUACGAUUCAUCUAAUUUAGGAAUCAUUGUUGGAGAACAUAACGUAAGGACAGGUAACGAAACAGAUGUAACUCGACUUCAUAUGGUUGAGAAAAUAAUCAUACAUCCGAAAUAUCAGACAAAAAGAAAUGAUAUAGCGGUUAUCAAAUCACAAUCGAAAUUUGAAUAUUCCAUGAAAGUUGGACCUGCAUGUCUUCCCUUUUAUUACAUGCAAAGAAAUUUUACCAAUCAGGUUGUUACAGCUUUAGGUUGGGGUACAACGAGUUUUGGUGGUCCCAAGUCUGACGUUCUGAUGAAAGUCGAUUUGCAUGUCAUAUCAACGAAACAAUGUAAUAAGAAAUUUCCCGAUGUUAGGAAUAAUCAACUUUGUACGUUUGAUAAGGGAAAGGAUGCUUGUCAGUUCGACAGUGGCGGUCCAAUUUUAUGGCAAAAUCCAAGGACCAAUCGGGUUUUCGAUCUUGGAGUAAUCAGUUAUGGUUCAACCUGUGCCGAUAAUAGUCCCGGUGUUAACACGAAAAUCUCCGAUUAUUUAGAUUUUAUUAGAAAAUCGACACCUGGAGAAACAUACUGUCAGGUGUAUUAAAGAAGACACGGAACGCACAUGGAUGUGUAUACAUAUAUAUAUAUAUUAUUUUUUGUAUAUAUAUAUAUAGACAAAAUGGAAUUAAAAUAUGUAUUUUUGAUUUAGGCAUCAAAUAAAUUUUCUUAACAAAGAA